AGAAUCUUCAGUCAAGCCUUGCUUUGGAAGUGUGCCACCCCCAAAUGAAAUUGUAUUUACGCCUCAAAUCCUUUGGCCAUUCGUGAAUUUACACUCUUGAUCUCUCUGGGUCUAUUUGCUGUCAUGACUCAACUAACUCAGAGUUACUGUUGCUCUGUUUACUUGGGUAACAAUAAUGGAUUAUUGCUUGAGAUGUCAAACAUCACCUCCUACCAUAUUGCAUCCAGUAGAUGGCCUCGUUGGGCCUGCUGUGCCUGCUGGCCACAAGUUCAGCGCAGGACAUAUGGGGAAUACAUUUUUAGUACGACUUUUGAUUUAACACUUUUGUGGUAUUUGCAUUAUAUAAAGUAAAUAACUAAGAAAGUUUUUACAAUUUUGCUUCCUUCAUAAAAUAUGACAAAUAUAGUGAAACACAUGGGUUUCCAACAUUGGAGAAAAAAUUAACUCGAGAAAAAAAACUUCAACCAGCUGGUCACGUUUCACAGCUUCAAUUAUUCGGAGUGCAAGCGUUACGGGGUUUAGAUUCGAGUUGCGUGGCUUUACCCUUACAAUCUCCUUGGAUGGAGAAGUUGUGGCAGGGGACGUGGACCACAGCAGCAGGCAGCAGCAGCUGAGCGGAGAGAGAGGAGAGCGCGCAUGAAUAACGCUCGUGGAGAGAUCAGAGUCAUUUCCGUCACUCUCCGCCGGCCGCAGUCACGUCGCGGUGCUGCAGUCCCGCUGAAUGUCGCACAAACAAGGAUGCAUCCCGGCGAAACAAAAUGGAAAGCCAGUAAGGACCGAAAAAAACACCUGAGGACCGUGGCGUCUUGGAGAGCUUUCCACAGAGCAGAGCGCAGACAGGAUUUUUGCAUGAAAACCUCUUCUGACUGGGAGUCUGGAUGCAAACAACAGCUGGGAAAUUCCUCCCCCUCUACACACUAGAAUGUCGACCGUCUGCGCUUCUGCUGCUUUUACUGCUGCUGCGGGAAUCAGUGGACCGGGGAUUUUUGCAAAGGAAAUUUCCGAAGAGAAAAGUUUAAAAAAUUUAUAGCUGCACUUGCACAAAAAUGUUUUUUGUGACGAGCAGCCAGUGGAUGACCCAGUCCAAGAGAGAGCUGGUACCCAGACAGUUUGUAUCUCCACCAUCUGCGUAAAAAACACUGCUGCAGGUUGGGGAUGUGAUGGGGUGAUUGCUAACAUCCCCAUUCGCCCACCCUCCCUCUCACUGCACUAGCGCUGCGAUUACAAACAAUGGAUCAGAAUUUCUCAACAGUACGAGACGGCAAGCAGCUCACGCCAGAGAGGGACUCGUCCAAGCGAGUCUUGACAGGAUGCUUUCUCUCCCUGCUUAUCUUCACCACACUGCUUGGCAACACCCUGGUGUGUGCAGCUGUCACCAAGUUCCGACACCUGAGGUCGAAGGUCACCAACUUCUUUGUAAUYUCGCUGGCCAUCUCGGACCUUCUGGUGGCCAUCUUGGUGAUGCCAUGGAAGGCAGCCACAGAGAUCAUGGGGUUUUGGCCAUUUGGGGCAUUCUGCAAUGUGUGGGUAGCAUUUGACAUCAUGUGUUCCACUGCCUCUAUCUUGAACCUGUGUGUUAUUAGUGUUGAUCGUUACUGGGCCAUCUCCAGCCCGUUCCGCUAUGAACGCAAAAUGACCCCGAAAGUGGCGUGCCUGAUGAUCAGUGUAGCAUGGACCCUCUCUGUACUCAUCUCCUUCAUUCCUGUUCAGCUAGACUGGCACAAAGCUGAGGAGACCACCAGCUAUGCAGAGCUAAAUGGAACAUACCCCAGUGAACUGCCCCCUGAUAACUGUGAUUCUAGCCUUAAUAGGACGUACGCCAUCUCAUCCUCCCUCAUCAGUUUCUAUAUCCCUGUAGCAAUCAUGCUUGUCACCUACACCCGGAUCUACCGCAUUGCCCAGAAACAAAUACGGAGAAUAUCUGCCCUGGAACGUGCAGCAGAGAAUGCCAAAAACCGACAUAGCAGUAUGGGGAACAGCUCAAACAUAGAGAGCGAGAGCUCAUUCAAAAUGUCGUUCAAACGAGAAACCAAAGUCCUAAAGACGCUCUCGGUCAUCAUGGGUGUGUUUGUGUGCUGCUGGUUGCCCUUUUUCAUCCUGAACUGCAUGGUUCCCUUCUGCGAACCAAACCUGCCAGAUGGGUCAGCAGACUUCUUCUGUAUCAGCUCUACCACUUUCGAUGUGUUUGUGUGGUUUGGCUGGGCAAACUCCUCUCUCAACCCCAUCAUCUAUGCCUUCAAUGCAGAUUUCCGCAAGGCCUUCUCCAUACUCCUGGGUUGCCACCGGUUGUGCCCGGGGAGCAACACCAUCGAGAUCGUCAGCAUUAACAACAACAUGGCAGCCCCCGCGCCCAACCCUAACUCUCAGUAUCAGCCCAAGAGCCACAUCCCAAAGGAAGGGAACAACUCUGCAAGCUAUGUGAUUCCUCACAGCAUCCAGUGUCAGGAGGACGAGUURCAGAGGAAAGAUGGAUGUGGAGGCGAGAUUGAGGCAGGAAUAGUAAACAACGCCUUGGAGAAACCCUCCCCGGCCAUUUCUGGGAAUUUAGACAGUGAUACMGAGGUAACCCUGGAAAAGAUCAAUCCCAUCACACAGAACGGGCAACACAAAGCUGUGUCAUGUUGAGGAUACCUUUGCARAGAUGGAUCAAAACUCAUGGAGGACCAUAAAACAAACAUCCGGGACAAGGAUCUCCAAGAAUAUGCCUGAUAGAAAAAAAAAAUGUGACAGGACUCUGGACUGUCAAUAAAAACCCACAUAGAAAAACCUACAGAAUGUCAAAAAGUAAAGGCACUUUAUCCGGGAUAUAACUAUCUGCAAAAUACUUUCAGCAUUUGAGGAKGAAAUCCUUUUAUUUGAUGAUAAAUGUUGAUAACAUGUAUAUUAAAGCAGAAAAACAGUGCACAUGCAUACAUCUUUGAAAUAUCUCCUUGGAUGUAUACAUCUGCUCACGUGUACUGUACAGCUCAGCAUUGACACUACUCUGGAAGGACUUAAACACAUUAUAUUCAGCAGAGGAAAAUGUAGUAUUAGAGAAAUAUCAUGUAGGUAGGUGCUUUGUAGGUGUUACAUGAAAGAAAGAGCAAUGUGGAUUAAACAGGUGCAGUAAAAUUAGUUGCUUGUUACUUUUUUGCUCAACUCUUCAGUAUCUUAGCAAUGGCAGUUUUAUUGCAAAAUGUACAUCUGUAUUGCAGUGGUUAUUUAUUUAACUAUUUAAAUUUCUGUACAUGCCAAAGUAACUUUUCUAUAAGUCAAGCCUAAAAAGCUCUAUUUGAAUCCAAUUUUGGGUUUAAGGUUAUGAUGUAAAAUGUCCAGAUGAUGUGCAGUCAGAGAAAGAGAGACAAGGAAGUUUUSAAAAUACUGAAAUGUUUUAUUUUUCAUCUCCUGUAUCCUUUUUCUGGACAAAUUGUCUUUCCUAAAACCAUCCUGCCUUUCUUUUCUACAUCCUCCUCCUCUUGUUUGCUUUAUUUCCUCCCCUGCUGCUUAUUAAGCAGUCAUUUAUUCUUUUCUCAUCUUCAUUUUCCUGUUCUWGUUUGCUCAGUCUGACAAUCCCAUUCUCCUUCACGAUGCCCCUUUUUCUCAUUUUGUCAACAGUCUUCUUUUUUUGCACCUGCGCAUCAACUCUUUCAAUGUUUGUGUUCUUGUCUGCACUCUCCUCAGAGUCUCCUUUGGCAAUCAUCCAUUUUAACUACUGCUUCUGCCCACUUUGAGUGGUACUGAUGGUUUUUCACUUGGCAAAUACAUCUGGUUCACAUAAAGAAAAUUUAAUGAAAUUAAAUACUCAUUGCACUCAUACAGAGAAGCCAGGGAUACAAGUUCACUAAGCUGAAACACAUGACACUUAGUGACCUUUUGCAAACUUGCAGAUAUCAGAUUUGUAAAUUGCUCACGCUGGGAGCCAUACUGUGCUGUAGUGGUGAUGUGGAGCAUGCAGUGUGACAGAGUCGUUUAGUUUUGCAGAGGUGAAGUCACAGACGGUGCACCGUGAUGUGGAUUUGCCCUGAGCUGUCGGACAUGUUUUGUGUCUUUGCACAGCUGCACUUAGAAAACACUCCCAAAUUAGGACUAAUUAGGAAUAAAUAUUUCACAGGAGCAAAACAUUAAGUUCUUAUUAUAGAAUAAUAUUCCAGAUGCUGCUGAUAAGAAUGCAGCUGCCCUAGGAAGAAGUUGUAUUUUCAUUUAUUUUCCAUAAUUGUGAUCAGAUGUAGUUCUUCCUGAACAACCAGAUCUUAACUAAYCUGAUUUGUAAACAAAAAUGUUCUGACAAUAGGCCAUCACAGGUCACAUGAAAUUUACAGAUGGGGAGCUGAAAUGACCAACAGAGUUUUGGUUUCAAUCUGAAUUUCACUSUAAUGGUCAAAAACCUGAGCCACACUUCUCUGGAUAUAUCUUUACGAAACAGGUAUUUUUUCCUGCCAUUUCAUCAAACUUCGAAAUGUGAUGCAAUCUURAGCAGGGUUUAGGGUUGUACUAAAUAUUUUCAAAAGCAGUGGUAUUUCUUGUUUUUUCUAGAUUACAAGUUUCCCUUAGAGCAAAACUUGUUUAACAUGUUCUUGUUUUUAUAUUUUAGAAUUUGUUUUAUGACACAAAGAAUUGAAUGUAAGCUGACUGAGGACAAACUAAGACAGAUUUCAAAAUGUUUCCAUUGUCUGAAGAGCUUCUCACAGAUCAAAUAGUUCUUAAUUGUUGAAUGUUUUGACCAUAUAUUUUUUACCACAACAUUAAAAUUAGACUUAAACCUAAAAUGUUAAAUUAUUUAAGAAUCUCCUCUUGAAUAAAGAACUUAUUCUUUAUAUCUAGUUUGUAUUAAAUAUAUUCGGCAGUCCAGUCAAAGUUUUCUCCAGCUCUUUUUGAAGUUGCUGGGGAAGGAGCCCUCACGCUGACACUGCAUGCAGAUCAUUCACCGCAUAUUGUUUGUGCCCAUGAUGGCGUAAAACUGUUGCACAUCAGAGAAAGGAAGAACCGAUCCAAUACAAGGCAAUUGGUCUUGAAUAAAGCAUUUGAUUUUCCUGCGUUGGAAAAUCCAAUGCUAUCUGGAUGGCACCAAAGCGAGGGGGGAAAGCUUUUAGCUCAAUAUGUUGCUUGGCUUGUGUCACAAAAGCACCUCAUUGUCCUCCCGGCUUCUCUGUAGCCUCUCGUGCUCUGCUCCAUCAGGUUAGGAUUUGAUGUUUCAGACUCAAUUUGGAUUAGCACCCUCUCUCAUGUUGAGAGUGGCAACAGUGAAACAAAGUGCCGUGAAAUGUGAACGAUCCCUUAUAGUUUCUUUUACAAACAAUCAUCCAUAGCAUGCUCACUCAGCACUAGUUAAUUUUUUUCUCUGUAAUUAUCUCAAAAYGCAUCCCGGCCACAACAAGCGAUAAAACAUGACGUGUGUGCAAUCCAUCAGAACCGGACAUGAAAGAAAACUGCCUUGGGGUGGGCUUUUCCUCAAACCCCUCCCUCUCCCUUCMCUCCCAGCAGCUCCUUCUUUCUCUGUCUCUUUCUCUAGACUGCCUCUGUCGACUUGAUGAGCGUUCAUGAUGUUAACAAAUACUAGAUUUACAGUUCAGCAACCAGAGCUGACUGCUUUCUUAUUUUGUAAUUUAAAUUAAAGCGCCAAAUCAAAGCCCUAAAUCAAAGCUUGACUGGUUAAUUUACCUGUAUUUAUACUGUCUCUUUCUUCUUCUUUUUUUUUGCCAAAGUUCUCAUGUCUGGUUGAAUGUGGAUGUACUUUUAGCAUAUGCUGUGACAUAACCAGUGUUUUAUACGCUGAACGUUGGGGUAUGUGGGGACUCUUGAUGACACUAAGAUUAAUUUGCCAUUUCUUGUGACGUCUUUUUAUACACGCCGUUGGUAAACUUAUAAUGGUUUACUGAAACCUUCAUUUGAAAUGAUCUUUGCUGUUUUAUGACUCUGUAUUACCCCACUCCUCCCCCCAGCCCUCUUCACGAGCCUUCACCUUGUCAGCUUUGUGAAUCAUCUCUCCAGCUUGCCCUGUUUUGAUUUUGGAGAACGCCAAUGUCAGUGCAAAACUCCCAGAAGCAAAAUGUUUUGCUUGAUGUGGAGCAUUUCCUCUGGGAGACCCUACAAGUUCCUUUGAGGGAGCUAUGGCUGUGGUGACAGUCCAUAGUCUCUCCAUCAGUGUUCUAGCAGUGACGAAUGACAACUUUAGCAAAUCUGACAGUGCAGAAUCUCUCUGUGUCCUCCUAAAACGAGUGGCCAGGCGCUGCAAGUAAGGAGCCAUUUUAGCAAUGAUGUUUCACCUCAUUUAACUGUCUGACUUAAUGACAGAGUCCCUACCUCAACCUCAGUCAGCAAGUUUCAUGUAAAAAAAAAAAAAAUACAAAAAACUAUUUAAACAGUUAAUGGCAGUAAUAAGGGUUGGGGUUUGCAGGGAUAGAGUAUUGUACAAUGAUGUUCAAAAUGUAGUUGUGAUGAACACAAGUGCUUUCUAUCUUUCAGAAUCCUUAAUGUGUGUAGCAGACUUACAUGCUGUAUGUUUUCUCAAGUGUGGGAUUAAAAUCUACGAUAACAUGCAAAGUUCA